GACAGAGAGAGGCUGCGUGUGGACGCGUGUACACCAGGGGAAACACGCCGCACACGAGCUGAGGGUGAGCUCAAGGAGAAGUCGCUGCUGCCUGGUUGAUCAGUGUAAACCCGGCGCAGAAGAUGCUGCUGCGCUUGAAUGAAUGAGAAUGCUGACGCUGUAUGCUGCGCGGCGCGCUGGAGACAUGCGGUACUCUUCACUCCUCCGUCAGGUCACACUGUAGUUACUGUAAAGUCGAUCCAGUCAGUCACACAGACAUCCUACAUACUCUCUCCUCUCCUGCUGGGAUUUGUCCUUGCUGGAUGCCGGGAUGCCUGCUUCUCCUCUCGUCACACUGUUCUUAGGUCUGUUGGGUUUGCUGACGACAUGCGCCCAGACGGAGAUGAAGAGGGUUGUGGGAGACAAUGCCACGCUGCCCUGCCACCAUCAAUUCUGGGUGGGUGAUGACCCCACGCUGGACAUUGAAUGGCUGCUUCUCAAGCCAACCAACAAGCAGAGAGUGGUGAUCACCUACUUUGCUGGACGGGUAUUUGACCCCAACGAAGCGGAGCGUGGCCGCGUAGCCUUCGCUGGAGAGUACUUAAAAGGCGACGCCUCUCUGCUGAUCAGUGACUUGUCUCUAACAGACUCAGGAGAGUACAGCUGCAAAGUCAAGACGGGUGCGCAAUACCACUGGAGCACCAUCAGCCUCAUAGUGCUGGUGAAGCCAUCCAAGCCGCGGUGCUGGAUGGAGGGCAAACUGUUGGAGGGCGGUGAUGUUAAGAUGAGCUGCAAGUCUGCUGAUGGCUCUGAUCCCAUCCACUACAAAUGGGAAAGGGUACUGGACAAGGGCAAGUAUGUUGGCAAGCUGCCUCCCAUAGCCCUGAUAGAUUUGAAAAACCCAGAGAUUGUGACAUUAAGGAACUUGACCAAGGACAGUACCGGAGUCUACAAAUGCACAGCCAGCAAUGAUGUGGGAGAAGAGAGCUGCACAGUGGAGGUCAAGAUGCACUAUGUCAGGGGAAUGGGUGUGGUGGCAGGGGCAGUGGUUGGUGUGUCUUUCGGAGUUCUCCUAAUCAUCCUCAUCAUCUGGUUGGUGUUCCGCAAAAAGGAAAUGAAGAAAUAUGAAGAAGAAGAGACCCCAAAUGAAAUCAGGGAGGAUGCAGAAGCUCCCAAAGCCAAACUGGUGAAGCCCAACUCCCUCUCUUCUUCCCGCUCUGGCAGCUCUCGCUCAGGCACCUCUUCCACACAGUCCAUGGUGCACAACAUGGGGCUCCGAGGCCAACGAGCCUGUGUUCCUGCUGUGGCGGCCCUCAAGGAAAACUGCCAAUCUUCUUUCCCUCAGUCUCCACCUGCCUACAAUCAGACAGUUCCCAAGACUCCUGAACCACGUUCAACACCAACCUCCACGUCUACCUCCAAUUGCAAGCCCAGCCCUCCCCCUAAACUGAGUCCUGGAAACCUGACCCGCAUGGGGGCCACCCCUGUUAUGAUCCCUGCCCAAACCAAGGCCUUCCAGACUGUGUAGAA